AUCUCUUUCCAGUGAUUGGAGCCAAAGCAGCUUCAUAAAUUGGCCCUGCUUCACCCAGCCCUCCUUACUAUAUUUGUCCUUUCAAAAAGAGGACCGGUCUCCCAACUCCUCUCCAGAGGACAUCACUGUCAACUACCCCACCUUGGCAUUCCGAGCAGCACCUCCACUUCCCUGUUCUUCAGCCAGCUCUCCAGAGUCCUAUGAGUCUGUGGGGAUGUUUCAGCUCUGGAGCAAUGAGGUGCCAUCACGCUCACAUACAACCAUGGCUUUUGGACGACCCAAGAUGCCAUAUCAUGGGCAGAUGGUGGCCAGCAAUGGUGGUGCCUCAGCCCACGAACUGCCACUGACACCGCCAGCUGAGGCCACCUACUCCUUGGAGUGGUCACCCGUCAAGUUGUUGGCACCCACAGUGCAUCCUUCAUAUACUUUCCCAGAAGCCCAGAACUCCUCCAGUUUUCUGCAAAGCCCAUGGCCUUUGAGUCCAGCUGUUCCUCCAGGCACUCCCUCCACUGAUGAUGCCCCUUGGUGGACCCUGCAGCAGCCCAGCAAUUUCCCUCUGGGACAUCCACUAGUCCUCAGCCCCCAGCUGCCUCUUGCACCCUUCCUGCAGAGCCCUCCCAAAGGGCUGCUGAGCACAGCUCGCCGCUGCCGGCGUUGCAAAUGUCCCAAUUGCCAGGGAGCCAGUAGGUCCCAUGAGGAGCCGGGCAGGAAGAAGCAACAUGUCUGCCAUCUGCCAGGGUGUGGCAAGGUCUAUGGCAAAACCUCUCACUUGAAGGCCCACCUCCGCUGGCAUGCGGGCGAGCGCCCCUUCAUUUGCUCCUGGCUAUACUGUGGGAAGAGCUUCACUCGCUCAGAUGAGCUGCAAAGACACCUUCGGACGCACACGGGGGAGAAGCGUUUUGGCUGCCAGCUGUGCCCCAAGAGGUUUAUGCGGAGUGACCACCUGGCAAAGCACAUCAAGACCCACCAGGGAAAGCAGGUGCGGAAUGUAGCUGUUGUGGCAGCAGCAGCAGUGGGCAUCAAGCGAGAGUGAUGUUAAACAAAGAGGCCUAAAAGGACAGAGUUGAGGUCAAGGAAGCAAGGAGAAGCUACAGGAGGGUUACCAUACCUGGGCUGCAAAAAUCUGGACAUCCACCAGACAGCAGCAAAGAGAUAGCUUGUUCUGCAUACUUUUUCUAACAUCUAAUGAUCCGCAGCCCUUGCUAUGGUGCAACUGAAUUCAUUUUACACCCAACCCUAAUUUCAAUCUAUCAUAAUUUUUCCCAAAGAGCCUGGGAACUGCAGAUCAGUGGGAUGCUAGGAAGUCUCAGUAAGAAAGCGCUAAGUCCUGCCAACGUUCCCUAGCAAGAACGAAUGAUUGGUUAGGUCCACCGAAGUCAGUAGUGAUUCCCCAGCACCCUGAAUUCCACAAGUGUAGAGGCAGAAGCAGGCAGACAAUUCUUAUGUGUCAGGCAGCAUUCAGACAGCACAUCCUGGGCUGUCUAGGACUAAAUGGCUGCCAGGUCACAACAUUUCCAUUUUCAGAAGGCAAAUUGGUGAGUUGCUCCCCACUACCACUUCAAGCCUCCCUCCCCUCAAAUUUCCUUAUCUUAAAUUAGCUUUUGGAGGAGUGAUGUUCUUUCGUCUAGGCUCAAGAGCACAUUUCUAAGCAGAAAACUGGGUUGCAGCACAAAAGUAUUUUUAUCCUCUAAAUGUGGCUACUGGACCUGGAGGCAAUCUUGGGAAGUAAAGAGACCAGUGCUUUGCUUUGCAGCAUGCCAACUUUCCAAUUAGCUUUUUUAAUUUUAAAACUUAUUCAAAACAUUAGUGUCAUGUUGGAUAAGGAGCCUAAUG